AUGUGGACGUCUAGAUUAGAUAAAUCACCCGAUCAUUUGGCUGUAUAUGAUAAGAGACAAAAACGAUCAUUCAGUAAACUGUAUCAAUUUUGUGCAAACAACAAUAUUCUAGCAGUAGAACGAUAUAUUAAAAAUCUAUCCAUUAAAGAUAUUAAUCGGGUCGAGGUAAAUGGAAACACUGCACUGCACAUAGCAGUACUCAAUCGUUCUCCAGAAAUCAUUAAAUUACUGUUAAAACGAAAUGCAUGUCGAUCAAUAAGAAAUAUUAAUAAUCAUCGACCAUAUGAAAUAGCUGAGACCGAUGAAAUCCGAAAUUUAUUUAAACGUGAGAAUUGCCAUACACGUUUUACAUACGUAAAUGGUUGUCUACCGUAUUAUCAACAACAAAAGAAGUCAUAUAAAACAUUUAGUUCUAAUAAAAACACUAAUUUGAAUCAGGUAAAUCGUUGUUCUCUUUGUGAUAAUGAAGAUCCAUGUGAAUGGGAGAUUUUGGAUGAUCAUGCAGCCGAGAAAGCUGAGAGAUUUCGCAGAGAAUCCAAACAUUCUAUGUUCUAUGGACAUGGUGUUGUACAUGACUUACAAAAUAAAAUUUCUUCGAUUAAAAAAGGCUAUCUUGGUUCACGAUUACGCGGUAUGCAACUGGGUGAUAGUAUCAAAUAUUUUUUUAACAAAGCAAGCAAGGAACAAAAUCCGUUUUACAUUAUUAAGGCUUAUACUUCAGGCACUAGUUUUUAUAAGUACGUUAAUGGUGACAUGGCACGUAAUGUUAUUCAUGAUCUCAAACAAGGUUGCUCACAAUUCUUUUGCACACGUUUGUAUUCUACUCAAGAUGGUGUUAUGUCAAUAACAUCGAUAUUACUACAUCAUCCUAGUUUUGAAUCCUAUAGUUAUAUUGGUAAAGUCUAUCGUGGUAUGACUGUUAAUGAAAUGUGUUUAUCUAAUUACAGAUGUGGUAUACGAAUUGUCAAUACAACAUUUCUUUCCACAUCAAAAACACUAAAUGUUGCAAAACAAUUCAACAAUGUAGAAGAGAAUCCCAACAAUGAUGUGUCGGUAUUGUGUAUAUAUAAAAUUCGAAACAGUCGCACGGCAUUAUAUAUCGCUGAGAUUUCAGAAUUUCCAGAGGAAGAUGAAGUCCUUAUAUUGCCGUUCGCUGCUUUUGAAAUUAUGAGUAUCACGCGAGAUACUGAAAAAACAGAAAUAUGUCUAGAAGAAUGUGAUCGACCUAAACAGGAAGACGAUAAGUUUAAAUUACCAAACGUGCCUCCGUAUUUUGUCAGUCCUAAAGUGAAAAGAACGUUAGGCGAAACAAUAGCGCCCUAA